GACUACGUAGGAGAUACAUAUGUAACGUAUGGAGGGACGGGACGACUCGAGACUUGUCUUUCUCCCUUAGUAUCGAAAUUCGAGCCUCCCAUUAUUAAGACAUCCUUUUAAGGUCUCUCCCGCUUGUCCUUGGCUUUUAUUCUAUCUAUGUUAUCGAAUUUAUCGAAUUUUUGUUGGCCCUUGAUCGCGAUCUCACAAAUCUGCUUUGUAAUUCAAGUCUUGAAAUCUUCAUCCUUAACUCCAUGCCCAUCACCUUGCGCCAAGAAGUUUGCUUCGAAUAUAUCCUUACAAUUUGAACCAAUUGCGCAUGCCCAUACGCAUGCCCAACAUGUAUUAUAUGUACUAUUAUAUGUACUAUGACAAGUACCUACAGAUUUAAAACUGUUAUCUACCACCUAUUAACACUCUGUUCGUUUUUCAAAGUAAAUAACUUUUCUGGUGUAAACUUUAGCAAACAGGGAAAUAUUAAAGAUAACAUUUAGAACUGAUGACGAUGUCAUUUUAUAAUUAUGUUGUAUUGUUUCUAUUUAAAAGAGUAAUACAACUAUUAGUCUGGAGUUUUAUGUACGCAAAAACAACCUGAGCAUGGGGAAGAGAAGAGAAAAAAUAUGGCCAAUUUGCUUUUCUGUUAAUAAACGGUAUACGGUAUGCCACCUGUACCUAUCUCGUAU